AUGGAGAGAGGUCGUGGAAUACCCGACCAGGAGAUGUUCCUCGGCAAGCCGGCUCCCGAAGACUGUGAUAGUCCCACUGUCCAGCCUCUGCGCAUUUUCAAGCCAAAGAGCCCUGAGCCCGCCGGCCGCACCUCAGCUUCUCCUGCGAACAAACAUCCGUUCCCUCUGCCACCCGGCGCAUCAAGUUCUGCCGCACCGCUUCCCUUCCCAGAUGAUGACGAGGUGCGCAGGCCGACCGCCCCCAGGCCAUACGGCUCGGCAUAUAACGACACGACGCCUCGUCUGGACACGAGUCCCGUCGAAAAGAGACCUGGCCUGGCCGAGAGGCGAGGCGCCUCACCCAAGGUCAUUCAUUCACCCACGACUCCCGAUGCAGAUCGUGGACUAUUUUCCCAGCCUUUGAAGGAGCAGCCUCGCCCAAACCCGGCUGUUACAAGCUACCCGACUUAUCAAAAGACAUGCUAUCCGCCUCCAGGCGCCACAACGACUAGCUCCUCGUCUAGCCAUGCCGCUUCCUCUUCGCAAGUUCAUCCUGGAGACCAAGGUGUAAACCGCUUCGCAUCUACGGCUUCAACCUCCACCACUCGAGCUAACCGGGGCUCACCGCCGCCGCCCGAAACUCCUAUUGCUGAACCGGGAACCAUUCCCGGCGGUGGUAUCGAGGCUCGAUAUGCUGCCUCUGGUAUUUCUGGCACGGCCACGCUCACAAGCUUGCAGGCCCAUCAAGCACAGAGUGCUGCUGCAGCGCAGAGGCUAGCACAGUACGGAAAUCAACCUCCUCCCCAGCGUCCCUGGACACCCACCGAAACCCCGGAUCAAGCGCCGUCGGGCCCUCCGACGGUAUAUCAGGGCUCGAAUCCUAUCUCUAGUCCCCAACCGCGACUGGGAGCCUCCUCAGCCCCUCCGCACGCAAUGCAGGCGCCGAAUUCCAGCCAGAACCAACAGAACGCACCCGUACAGAUAAGCGUCCUGGAACAGGACUUCCAACGUCUAGGCACCAAGACGCCGCCUCCCGCCUAUUCUAGUGUCAACCCCAACGGCACUUCAGCUUAUCCCAAGGAGAAGCAGCAACCUCAGCAAGGCGGCCCCGGGGCCGCUGCUGCCACAACCUCACGACCGAACACAUCUCCUCCUACAGCAACCGCUUCUGCAUCACCUCCGAGUAAACAGGCGGCAGCGGCGGCGGCAGCGGCGGCGGCAGCUCCUGGAAUGAUUUCGCCAGCGCUUCAACAUCCUGGACAUCCUGCUUUCGCAAACGAUCCAAGACCCGAGCAAAACGGACAGACGCUCUGGUCCCCGGCUGCCAGCAUUCCUCUCCAAACACAGACACCAGCCUCUCCUCCGCCAUUGCCAGAAGGUUGGAUCGCUCAUCUGGAUCAGAACUCUGGGCAGUACUACUACAUCCACCUCGCAACACAGGCAACUCAAUGGGAGUUUCCCAAAGGUCCGAAUCCUAUCUCGCAUGAACAGACUCCACUCUCGCCGACGGCCUCGACAUAUGGAAAUCCUUUAACAUCGCCCAUGUUUGGCAAGCAAUCCAUGGCCUCGCCCAUGUUUCCUCCGCAUACUCCAGGUUAUGCCGAGAGCAUCAUGAGCGUCGCUUCGCAAACUCCUACUGCUGUUGGGUUCUCGGGCCCUCCACCUGGUUCGGGUGUGGAAAUGUACAGAAUUCAACCUACCAACGGUGUAUAUUUCGGGCCCUAUUUGCGCUAUGUCAACAUGGAUAUUGAGAACGGAGUGUGGCGCGGAAGCAUUCUCAUCGUCACAGAUGCUCCUCAGCCACCAACAAUUCAUAUACAUCUGAGUGUGGACCUAUCCCCGAACCCGAAACAACUUGAAUCGCGCAACAUCUACACUCAUCAGCGAUGGACAUUUCACAAGUACGAUAUCGAGUUACAAAUGAGUGAAUCUGGUACAGAGCGUUGGACUUAUGCUGUGACUUCUCACUUGGGCUGCACACGAUACGAAUUCGUCGUUGCAGGUCGAUACGAAACUGGCUGGCGCUUUAUUGCCCACUCUGGAAAUGACUUCGCCGCCAGUACCUCUCAAAAUGAAAGGUCACGUCUUGGCGGUGUUGGCUUCAUGUGGAAAGAUGUUCUGCAGAGAAAUGUAGACUGCGGAGGAUUCCAUGUGCAGCUCGGGCUUGGGGAUCAAAUCUACGGUGACAGACUGUGGAAAGAGGUUCCGCUGCUGAAACAGUGGCUGGCAAUGAGCGGCAGAGAUAACAAGAAAAAUGUGCAAUGGACCGCUCAACACGAGGAGGAUGUUGCCCAUGCAUAUUUUCACUUUUAUACAAGUCAUUUUGAUCAACCAUUUAUGAGGGAGGCGUUUGCCCAGAUCCCGCACGUUUUACAAAUCAACGACCACGACAUCUUCGAUGGAUAUGGUUCAUACCCCGAGUACAUGCAGUCGUCGCCCAUAUUCAAGAACAUUGGCCGCAUCGCUACCGAAAUGUACCUCGUAUUCCAGCACCACACGACGACAGAGAUGAUGCGAAACAUCAGAGCAGAUAAUGACAUCUUCACAAUUACCGGCAAUGGUUGGCACUUCGUCAAGUACCUUGGUCCGGCAAUUGCGGCGGUCGGACCGGAUUGUCGAUCUGAACGGACACAGGCUCGCGUCAUGGCCGGUCCAACCUACCAGGGUAUAUUUCCCAAAGUCGCAACUCUGCCCCCAAGCGUCCAGCAUGUGAUAUGGAUGGUUUCGGUUCCCAUUAUAUACCCAAGAUUGGACGCCGUCGAGAGUUUAGCCAAUACUGUUGCAGCCGGCAAGAAGGCUGUAAACACCACGUAUAAUAUCCUCGGAAAAGUGACCAGCUCUGUCGCAGGCGUUGUUGGUGGCAAGGAAGUCGUGUCACAGGGCUUCUCGCAAGUCAAAAAGGCGGUCGGCAAGACGGGCCUCAUGGGCAACGUAUUGAACCAGUUUGGCGAAUUGGACAUUCAAGAAGUGUUGAAGGACUUGUGGACCCAUGACACAAAAGACUUGGAGCGAACGUAUUUUAUUCGCACUCUGCAAGGCAUUGCUCAGCAAAAGGGCAUCCGAAUGACUUUUUUGUCAGGCGAUGUCGCAGCUUCAGGUGCAGGCCUCGUUCACGAUCCAACUCACCCUAGUGAUCACAAGACCAUGUACCAGAUCAUCUCCUCUCCCAUUGUCUCAGCACCACAGGGUGGCUAUAUCCUAAAGCUUCUACACAAUCAAAAGACGCUCUACGUUCCAAAGAAUGGACAAAAAUCAACGCACCAAGUUUCUGAUACCAAAGAAGACAUGAUGGAGAUUUUUCACACAGACGCCAGCGGUGUCUCUCGCGAGUUGAAGAAGCUGAUGGGCCGCAGAAACUACGUGACCUUCCUGGCGUAUGACCAAGAAAUGGCCAACCAAGUUCCAUUCAGUCCCAAUCCCAGCAUCGGUAGCAGCCAGCAGGGCUUGUCGAAACUCACUCUAGCGGUGGAUUUCGUUGUCCAAGGCGACGGGGCGUACACGGCAACUACAAAGUACGGACCAGUAGUUAUUCCUCAUCUUGAGUAUGGGAGGUAA